AUGAUACAUCUAAAGACUGAUAAAGAGAUCUACGAGAUGCGCAAAGCUGGUGAGCUUACCUAUCAGCUGUUAGAUUUAGUAGGUCAAAUGAUAAAACCUGGAGUAUCUACUCUUGAAAUAGAUAAGAUGGUUCAUGGUGAGAUACUUAACUCAAACGCCUUUCCUGGUACCCUCGGUUACAGAGGAUUUAAGCACUCCUGCUGCACAUCCGUGAACGAUGUCAUCUGCCACGGUAUCCCUAGCGAUUACAGACUAAAAGAAGGUGACAUCCUAAAUGUAGACAUCAGUCCCAGACUCAACGGCUGGUAUGGCGAUAGCAGUAGGAUGUUCACUGUUGGGGAAGUAUCUGAUACAGCCAAUAAGUUAAUCAGCACAACUGAGACAGCCUUGAUAGGUGCAAUACAAUGUGUUAGAGUCGGUGAUAAUCUUAGCGAGAUAGGUAAGGGCAUAGAAGCUGUAAUCUUCUCUAUCUCUAAUUUCAGUAUCGUAGAGGAUUAUGUAGGCCACGGUAUAGGUCGUAGCUUCCAUGAAGAUCCUGCUGUAUUCCACUACAAUAGGCCUACUGGCGUUAAGUUCCAGAAGGGUAUGGUCUUCACCAUAGAGCCUAUGAUCAAUGAGGGUACAAAAGAGUGGAUCAUGCUCGAUGACGGUUGGACAGUCAAGACCAAGGACGGGUUGCUAUCUGCUCAAAUGGAGCACACUAUAGCUAUCAACAGUAAAGGCGAUGUGGAGGUAAUAUCACUACCAUGA